CUACCAACCACACAGAUACUUUAGGAAAAAAGACUACAGGUAAAUUCGUGUCUUUACUGACAGUUUUAGCUAUUUUUCAACAAUUAUAAGCUUUUAUUUUUACUAGUUAAACAGAGAAUUUCUUAUUAAGUGUUUUUUUUUGUGUAAAUCCGUACUUUUCGCAGCAGGUCUUAGGAUUGAUAUAUUUUCAAUUGCUCUGUCUACUGGUACAUUUUGCUAUAUUUUAUUUCUCUAUACUCUUGUUUCUGAUUAAUGGAAUCAGUACAGCAAGUCGCUUUUGAGAGACAGCUUUCUCCAUAUCUUUUGGAUGAUUAUGAAAAGUUUGAAACCUUGCUUGAAAUGAGUGGUGCAUUUCCUAACGAAGUGAGAAUGAUAUCUCCGGCCACUGUUCCCACAGCCGUAAAAAAUGAUAUAAAUACCGAAUUGGAAGAAAGCUUGUCCGAUGAUUACGCCAAUGUAAUUAAGGAAAACGCUGAAAGUGUUUUAAACACCUUCACACAGCCUGCCUUUGAAGCACAAGAUAACAAUAAGAAAGCAGCGGUAAACCCCACUGGUCGCGAAAGGUUACCUUCAGCUACAGUAAGUGAAAAAGAAAACACUGGCGUCAAUAAUGGCGCCGUUAACAACAAAGAGGAAGACCCGAUUGACGCAGCCAAAACAAGCGAUGCCAUCAACUCUGUAGAGCCAUUGUCAACUGCGGCAGACCAGGGGGACAUUUUUGGUGAUAUUGUUGAUGAUGCGGACGCCGGAGUUGAGGCAAAGGUUGUCCUUCCUAUCUUGGGCGAGGUGAAUUUGUUGGGGGGUCCUUCUGAGUCGAAUUUCCAACCUCCUAUUCUUUCCGGUGAUGAAGAUUUCAUGGAAUCAAUGAGCUUGGAAUAUUUAUUUGGUAUACUUCGUGCGCGAUUGGACUCCCUUGGUCUGUUGGCGGACGAUGUUGAGCUCGUUUGCAGUUUUGAGGGUUUAGACCUAUCUAUGGCUGAGGAUAAUAUUUACGCAAGUCAAAUUAACCUUGUGGACAUGGUUGGACUGUUUGCCUCUCAAUCUGAACCAAACCAGGUGUUUCGUAUCCACGUUGCUACACAACCGCGUUUUAUCGCACGUUAUAAUAAACUUGUCCAGCGCUCCUCAAGAUCGUCUUCACAAGCGAAUAGUGAUGUUGAAGAAGAUGUGGAUGAACAAAGCUCAAUUAUCAGCGAUCAACCGGAGCUCGGACGUAUUGACACUGAUUCUGAGAGCCGUCCCGAAGAGGUUGUCACGGAAAAAGGCAAAGAUGAUGGACUCGAAGGAGAGCCAUCUGUCCCGUUGACGCAUGAGGUUGAAGAAAGUGUUAUGGUUAGCGACGAGAUACAGAAUGAGUCUGCUGCAAUUGCUACAGACGAUGAUACUGUUAGUGAAGGACAAAAAGGUUUGGUGCAAGCCGGCGGCGCUGAACUUGUUGAAGAUGACGCGGACUUAAAAAGCGAUUAUGAGUCAAAUGGAAUCCAGCAGUUGGAAGAGCAAGCAGUUACUGAUGAAGACGAGGAUCAGUCGCGGCAGAGCGAGUUCGUUCGCUCCAACGUUUCUACGCCUGUUAAACGAAAUUUUGAGCAAGACCUGGAAGAGAACAUCGUCAGCGAUGAGGAAACGGAACAUGAGGAUGGCGAACUGUCGACGUUUGGCUUGGCUGCCAAGAAGACAAAAACCGGUGAGGGCUUUGUGAAUGAUGAUGAUGUGGAUAACGCAUUACAUGAAAACUUAGAAGCAGAGGUUUAGGUUUUAGCCCAAACUCAUUGCGAAAACUUCCGUCUCACUUCCGAAUCCCACCUUUUGUCAAUCGUUUUCAUCCCCGUCCUUUAUUUCUCUUUUGUUGGUUCUUAGGUUUCUAAACAGUUUCCCGCGUUUUCAUGUAAUCCGAACAUUCACCGUCCGCACUGGUCCUAGUCAUUUCCGUCUUUUGGUUGAAGGUUAUUAUUUUUUUGAGCUAUCUGGUCUUCUACUGCUGGGUUUUUGUUUCCCUUACUGCCGUGUUCGUGGGACUUCUCCCGUUGCUAAUAUUAGAAUGCCGGGCAGGUUAGUUGUGAGGUGUAAAACCAUUGUCUGCUGUUCAUGUUAGGCUUUGUUAAUGCUUUGUGCCGUACAACUCGGCGUUAUGCAUUGUUAGCACGAUAGACAUUCCUUGUAAGACUGUAUCAUAGCUUUGUUUAUGAGUAAUGAAUUAAUAUUGUUAUUGUA